UGUUGAAGGAGUUAGUUCCGUUUAUAUGGGUGCACUGGCUCGUCGCCUGACGUGGUCUGUCACCUACUUUCGAUGAUUAGAACGUACCAGUUUGUGUUGAAAUCAUAAUCAUGAAGAAUGUCAUAAAACAUAAGUUCAAAUGAGGCGGUUAGACGUUAAACAUGAACAGGCCGGGCUACGAUUAUACCGUGCCUUCAUCCACUGCCUUCUAUCCGACUGUCAACCGACCUCCUCAAUACGAUCGGGGCUACGGGCAGUUCGCAGUCGGCCCUCUCUAUAGCCCUUCUUCGCAUCCGCUUUCUAAUUACGCUGAUGUAUACGAGGGAAAUAACGACACCACACUACGAGCAGAAGAGAGGCAUUGGUAUAUAGAAAAUCACAAAAACUUACAACCGAGUUAUGAAAUCAAUCAUGAUGCAACCCCUCAAGAUGCCAAAGUUAAGAAAGAAGAGGAAAAGAAAGCCGAUAUUCCUAUUAGAAGAGCCGAUGCAUCCCAGGCUCGACAGAGGCGAAAAGAAGAUCGGUGCUCGUGUGAAUGUUGGCCGAGCACUGACAAUAACGACGUGGUGGACAAUGCAAGGGCAGAAACAACGAGAUCAUUGUCGGGUGUCGAUAUGGUAGCUUCUUACGGAGUGUAUGGGAACCCGCAAGACGAUGACAGCUCCGGGUUCGCUCGGCUGUCCGAGAAGAAUGUGGCUUUCGGACAGGGCAGUGAAGCCCCCACACAGGGUGUGAUAGUGAACCAGCAAGGAAACAGUGCCGUGGUGCGGGCGACGGCCGGACGUGAGAACACUUGUGGCAAGUGCUGUGUGUGGACUUCUAAUCCGCCGGCCGCUAACUCCGAGGACUAUUGCUGGGUACAUUAUUGUAGACCAGCUUUAAUAGUCCUUUUGCUGCUGUUUUUUCUAGUCUUGUUGGGCGUGUCAACAGGGUUCUUAUUAACUAAUAACUAUUUACAUUAUCAACCAAGACCACCUGCUCCUGAGGAAGCGUGCGAGAAGACUUUUUGUCGCUGGGGCGCGGAAUGCGUGUCGCUCGGCGACGGGCGCGCGCACUGCGCGUGCCCCGUGAGCUGCCCGUCCGCGCCCGCCGCCGUGUGCUCCACUGCCGGCCGCACGUACCGCAACCAUUGCUACUUGCGCAAGGAGGCGUGCGAGCGAAGACUCAACUUGCGCGUGAAACAUGACGGCGAAUGUGAGGCCGGAGAUCCCUGCAUGGGCGUAACCUGUCCUACGGGCUCUAGGUGUGCAGUCAACUUUGGGCAAGCCGAGUGCAGAUGUCCCCGCAGUUGCCAGAGAAGGAAAACAGUUUGUGGCACCGAUGGCAAGGAAUAUCCCUCCGCGUGCCACCUGGACAAGCAUGCGUGCGAUAAUCAGCUCAACAUCACUAUUAAAUACCAUGGAAAAUGCGAUCCGUGCGCAGAGCACGAGUGCGCGGACGGCGGUAUUUGCCAAAUGAACGAGGCCCGCGCGCCCGUCUGCCGCUGCGGCCCGCCCUGCGACCUGAUUGCUAGAUCAGGGUCGGCGGUCUGCGGGUCCGACUACAAAGACUACCCUAGCGAGUGCGCGCUCAGGCGAGAGUCGUGCCGUAUACGCCAGCAACUUACUAUUGCAUACAGAGGAAAAUGUGCUUCAGCUCAACAUCCAUGCGACUCCGUCAAAUGCGGUGUCCGCGAGCAAUGCUCGCUGGACUCUCGUGGCGUCGCCGUCUGCGGCUGCGGUCCCGAAUGCGAGGCCAUCGUGCGCCCGGUGUGCGGGACGGACGGCCGGACGUACGACAGCCCGUGCCUGCUGGACCGGACGGCCUGUCGCGACAACAGGGAUGUCAGGACUGCUUAUAUGGGAGCGUGUGGUGAGGCGAACCCAUGUGCCCGUACAUCAUGUCCAUGGGGCGGCGCAUGCGUCUCCCGCGGAGGCGCCGCGCAGUGCGCUUGUCCCGUCUGCGACGCGACGCUCGCGCCGGUCUGCGCGUCCGACCACAACACGCACAGCAGCGAGUGCAAGAUGAGAAUGCACGCCUGCCAGGAGGGCAUUCAGGAGGGGAAGCUGCGAGUGCUCUAUAAUGGAACUUGUCAAACUUGCGCCGACAUGGCAUGCCAGGGCGGUGGUGACUGCGUCCUGAACGAGCACACCGGCCGUCCCGAAUGCCGCUGCAACCACAAUUGUACCGAGACGCAGGACACAAGCCUGGUAUGCGGAACCGAUGGACAGACGUACCUAUCGCAAUGCGAAUUGGACUCGACGGCGUGCCGUGAACAAACCAAUCUGCGGGUUGCUUACAAAGGCGAUUGCGCUUUAUGCGAGAACGUGCAAUGCUCGUUCGGAGCCCGUUGCGCGGCGGGCGAGUGCAUCUGCCCCAGCGACUGCACGGGCGCCGCGCGCGAGCCGGUCUGCGGCAGCAACAUGCAGACCUACUACAACGAGUGUGAACUCCAAAAAGCCGCUUGCCAGCUCUCCCCCGCCAACACUCUUCACGUUAUUUUCUAUGGAGAUUGCAAGGAUAGGCUUGCCGUUGUACCGCCUAUCGCAAUGACUACGACCGCGGUGACCACGACCGAGGCGGACGAAGGGUCGACGGAUGCCUCGGGUGCGGCGGACCAGUUCGGCACGGCGGACCCGUCGGCUUGCCGCGACAUCCGCUGCGACUUCGGCGCUAGCUGCGAGAUCGGCGCUGACCAGUACCCGCGCUGCUCCUGCCUCUUCGAGUGUCCGCCGGACGACGAAUACUUCCCCGUCUGCGCUUCCGACUUCAGACUUUACCCUAGUAUGUGUGCGAUGCGGAAAGAGGGUUGCCAAAAACAACUCGAGCUGCGGCUUCGACCACUUGAUUUAUGCAAAGGCAUGGAGGUCCGGCCUUGCGGUAACAGUAAGGCUAUGGUCGAGCCGACCACGGGGCUUGAGAUAGAUUGCGGUAAUGGUCCGCACCGGCAAGAUUGUCCGGCCGGCAGUUACUGCCAUAUUACUCUCACUGCAGCAAGGUGUUGUCCGAAAAACGACACGAAGCAGUAUGAAGAUAAGAAGGGGGGUUGUGCGGAGAGCGGGUUCGGGUGUUGCUCGGACGGCGUGACGGCGGCGGCGGGUCCUAACGAGGAGGGGUGUCCGAUAACUGGGUCCAGUUGCGGCUGCAACCGUCUCGGAUCGGUGUCGGACCGGUGCGACGAGAGCGGGCAGUGUGCGUGCCGGCCGGGAGUGGGCGGGCUGAAAUGCGACCGCUGCGAGCCGGGCUACUGGGGGCUGCCGAGGAUCGGCUCAGGACACACGGGAUGUAUACCAUGUGGCUGCUCGGCCUUCGGCUCGGUACGCGAGGACUGCGAGCAGAUGACGGGGCGGUGUGUGUGCCGCGCGGGCGUGCAGGGCCAGAAGUGCACCGUGUGCGCCGAUCACCGCCGGCGCCUGGGACCCAACGGAUGUGCUGACCCGGAGAGUGGCGGCGUAGCGCAGUCUUGUGCGGAGCUGUCGUGCUACUUCGGCGCCGUGUGCACGGAACGCACGGGCGGCGCGCUCUGUGAGUGUACCGCGGCGCCGUGUCCUGAUAGCGAUAAUAACAUGCUGGUAUGCGGCAGCGACGGCAAGACUUAUGAAUCGGAGUGUCACCUGAAAUUGCAAGCGUGUCGCACGCAAGAGGACAUUGUAGUACAAGCGUUCGGGCCGUGCAAGCUGUUGGAGGUGGCAGGCACGGCGGGCCCGCCGCGCCCCUCCUCGCCGAUACAGUUUACGCAACAGGACGACGGCGCCGCUUCCAAAUCCACAAGGCACCUGCUCAACCCUGACAAGUACAACAAGUAUGAUUGGCCGAAAAAAGAAACGCCUAGCGACUUCGAUGGUGGCCUCAUGGGACAAAAGUUUAAGGGUGCACAAACAGCGACCACGGCGACGGUGGGCGCGGUUGGCGCGCUGCUGGGCGACCUGUGCGCCGACGACGCAGACUGCGCCGCGCUGCCCGGCGCGCGCUGUGCGCGGAGCGCGUGCGUCUGCCGCGCCGGGUACCAGCCCGCGCAGCAUCGGAAGGGGUGCAUCGAGCAAAUGACUCAAGAGACGACCGAGGAAUACAGCGCGUGCCUAUCGGAUCCGUGCUAUAACUUAGGGAGCUGCGUCGACCUGCCGGGAUCCACUUACACUUGCGUGUGCACCGGACUCUAUACUGGAAUGAACUGCGAAUAUCUUAUAAAAGACAGUCUGACACCUUACAUAGAGACACCAUUCUUUGAUGGCUCUUCUUUCAUCCGCCUUAAACCUUUGAAGGCGUACCACAAACUGAAUAUCGAUAUCGAAUUUAAGGCUUUCACUGAAAAUGGCGUCAUAUUGUACAAUCAGCAGAAAUACGAUGGAACGGGCGAUUUUGUCUCUCUCGCCUUGGUAAAUGGAUAUAUAGAGUUCAGAUACAAUCUAGGAAAUGGAGCAUUAGUCCUGACUUCUUUGGAAAAGAUUACAUUAAAUGAGUAUCACAAAGUAUCUGCAAAGAGAUAUCAUCGAGACGGCAUAUUAUCUGUCGACGAUAUGGAAGACGUUGUAGGACAGUCUAGCGGACAUUUGAAGGCUCUGGACUUAGCCGAAGACGCUUACGUGGGCAGCGUACCUUCGAACUACUCCAAGGUUUUCGAUAAUAUCGGCACCCGAAGUGGCUUUAUCGGGUGCGUGAAAUACUUAAGAAUAAUACGUCAUCAAGUGACAAAGAAAUUGGGACGGCCGGACCCAUUAGUCGUGUCUAUGGAGAACGUUCGAGAGUGCCAAUCUAAUCCGUGUAUGAGUAUGCCGUGCAAGAACGGGGCCACGUGUACAUCUAUAGAGGGGUCGGCGACGGAAUAUACUUGUAUCUGCCCUAUCGAAUUUCAAGGAGCCAAUUGUGACGAGAGAUUAGAUCCAUGUGAAUCGAAUCCCUGCGGAUAUGAUGAGGGGCUAUUGUGCGACGUCGGACCCGACGGCGGCCAUGUGUGUCGCUGUUUGUUUGGAGGCGAAAUUGACUCCAACGGAAAUACUUGCAGCAACGAUGUAAACAUUAUACAAGAGUCUUGGAUUCCCCAGUUUAAUGGGACGAGCUACAUCGAAUUAUUGCCACUCGAAGGGCUGGGGAAAGCGUUCCGCAUUGAAAUCUGGUUUUUAACGAACAGACUCUCAGGGAUGCUCCUUUACACCGGCCAGUCUAAUAAAGCCAAGGGGGAUUUCAUAACGAUUAACUUAGUUAAUGGAUACCUCCAAUUUAGGUACAAUCUGGGGAGUGGUGUUGCCAAUAUCACGUCUCCCGUGCCGAUAGAGAAGGGUCGUUGGCACCGCGCGCGGGUGACGCGCGCCGGUCGCCACGGUAGCCUGCAGUUGGACCACCACCCCACACAACGGGGGUCAUCUUUGCCGCCACUUACUCAUCUGGAAUUGACAAUACCACUCUUUAUUGGGUCUUUACCCGCUUACAUCCGUCCACACAAAAUGUCUGGCGUGAUCAGCAGUUUUAUUGGCGCGGUGCAAAAAGUAUUUGUCAAUGGCAACCAGCUCUCUUUGUACAAUGGGGACACGGCGAAAUGCGCUGUAGUCCAGGAGGAGGAUAAGCUGCCUUGCGCUACUAGCGGGGUUACUAAGUACGUUGGAUCGCCUUGUGGAAUUGGUAUAACUCCAUGCAAGAACAACGGAUCUUGCAUACCACUCCUAAACGAAUACAAGUGCAUUUGUCCCGACGGCUUCCAAGGCCGAAACUGUGAGAUUCAACUGAAUGUCGAAAUGCUAAAGGACGGAGCGCCGGUAAAGUUCGACGGAGACAAUUAUUACUCGUACAGGAGUCGGGGCAGCCGCAGGAGACGCGGCGAUCGCGGUAUUAGAUACGAAAUUAAAUUUCGCACAUACAACGACUCCGGCCUUUUAAUGUGGAGAAGAAAAAUUGGUAUACGAGCUCGAGAUUUCAUUGGCUUGGGCAUAAACAACGGAAAAUUACAAUUAAUAUACACGGACACUGACGUCAAGGAGAUCAAUUCUGUCACACACGAGGAAUGGUUUCAGUAUAUAGAAUCUAAGAAUCGCGUGGACGACGACAUGUGGCACACGGCGACGGUCCGCAGAAGGAAAAGACUGGCUAUGCUACAACUGGACGACACGGCUCCCAUUAGAGGGUACUCGCAAUCCUUGCUUGUGCCUUCGAAAUCAAACCCCAAACUAUGGAUUGGGGGAUCCCCAUCACUGCCCUUGGGAUUGCCGGCUGCUCUGUACACCGGGUUUCGUGGUUGUGUAGCUAGUGUGAAAGCGAAUGGACGACGCAUCGACAUCACCACGCCUAUACGACCGACGACGACGAUACGACAUUGCGAUUAACACAAUGUACGAUAUAAAGUUGAAUAAUGAGUUGCCAAACUCUAUUUACUAAAAUUACAAAGCGUAAUGGUAAACACUGUGAGAUAACAAGUAUUAUUUUUUACAUUUUGUGUUGACUAGCGAUUUAUAGUACCUGUCAUAAUGUAGUUUCUGAUACGGAUCUCUACCCGACUGCGUAUUUCAAUAUCUUUUCGCAGUUGUUUUUGUAGAGUGCGUGUUGAAGAGUCUCGAGGGAUAAGUGUAAUCAUAUCUCUGUUUAGAGAUAAAAGAGUAUUCAUAUCUGUAACCAAAAUAAUAUGUUGCCAUAAUAUGUUACAUUUAGCAUUAUAUUAAUAAUAGGAUUUAAAUCAAUUUUUACUUCGUCAAACCGGUGCUCGGAAAACACAUCAGAGGUAUAUUGGAAAAAGUAUAUAAGUAUAUAGAUUGUGAAAAAGUACCUACUGAAUUAUAAUUAUUAUUUUGUUGUUAUUAGGUACUUAGAAAAAUACCUACUAUAAUAGUUUUUAGAUUAGUUAGUAUAAUAAUAGGUUUCUUUAUUGAAUAUGGGCUGAAAAUAUGUAACAUGAUACUUAUUAGAUUUGAAAUUUGUAAAUGUUUAUCCAAAAUAGGAAAAUUAUACGGGCUUUACAAUAACAUUCCAAUUGAUUACUAUUGAUAACAAUAAUUGUGUUCACGUUUGGUAUAUUUAACCAAUUUUUAAAGUUAAUGUCGAGUUAUUUUGUAUAUUGAUUGCAUCAUAAAAUUGAUGAUAUGAUGCUAAUGACAAAUCAUCAGCUUAUUUAUUACGAGUGCAACAGCGUGUAGCAAAUCAGGCUAUGAAGUAACCACGAAUAUUACACUCUAUGCCUUCGUUCAAAUGUUUGUUGAAUGAAUCUCUUAUAAAAUAUGGUCGAAUAUACGUAUCAUACUUUUAUAAAAUCAUACUUUUAUCCGACUAAAACUCAAACUUUUAACUUUUACAAAAAAAAAGUCAAUUGUCUAUAAUUCUGAUCGGUUGUCUAUUUAGAGUUACUACAAUUACAAACGUUGCAUGUAUUAGAUAAAUAACAUUCCAUUAAUCUGAUUAAGUUACUCGUAAAGUGAGUUGAUUAUGAACAGUGCCAUAGUUUGUACAGUGUAGCAAUCUCCCAGUACAAUAGUCAUACGAAUAGAUUAGUUUGAUUUAUUUUACUUGCUGUGUCUCUUGCUAUGGUGGAAUUAAAAAGAAGAGAAGUUAAAUACUGCAAAUUAAAUACUCAUAUAUUUUCUGGCUCAACGUUCUUAUUCUCAUUGAAAGUCAUGUUUAACUUACAUAUCAAGUUGGCAGGUAAAAGUAUAGCAAUGCCGAUUAAUAUCAUAAAACGGGUUUUAUUUUAUUGUACUUAUUAAAACAGAUAUAGUGGCUGCCAAUACUGCCAGAAACUGAAAUUUGCUGCUAUACAUUAAAAUAUUUUUAUUCAAUAAAAAAUAGCGCAAUAAUUUUAUGUACUUAUGAGGGACAUUUUGUAAUAUAGAUGUACAUACGUAGAUUAGAUUUUUUUACAAGCCGCUUAUAAUAUUUUAAUGUAAUGUUAUUAUAGUAUUGAACAUUCAUUGACGAUAUCAGAUGUUUAAUAUUGUACCUGGCGGUACGUGACAGGUAUACCUAUUCUAACACACCAGUUACUACCAGGUAAAACAUUAUCUAGGUUUUCUGUAGAAAUAUUGAAAAACCAGGACAUAUUAAAAGGUAAUGAGUAGGUAACCUAAUCUACGUUUUCUCGACCAUGUUUUUUUACCUAGUAGUGAUUGACAGUUGUGUUCAUGUCAAUGAGUGUGGUGUUAAAUGAUUGAUGAUUUUUAGAGAUGUUUUGGUCAUUUCAUGCGAAAAUAAGUUUACCUUUGGAGUAAAAUUGUCAAAAUUAUUUUGUCCUAAGUAAUAAUUAUGUAGUUGGAAUACUUAUAUAGUAUUAUAAAUACUAAAAUUAACUUAAAUAAAAGAAUGACAAUAUUAUAAAUAUUUAUCAACAUGAAUUGUAGGGUUACUUUUUUCAUGUUAGACAUGCUUCGUGAUUGACGGAACAUAUCCCAUUUUAGGUGAUUACAUUAUACGUGAACCCUUCCCUCGAUCAAAUGAAAACUUUGAAAACGAUUGAAAAUAUUAUUUUUCCAACUAUUAAAGCCCCUAGUAGUUUGAUGGACUACUAUGGACAUUAUUUGGCAAAAUAAUACUUACUGCUACUCAAUGCAGAAGGCCAGCAUAAGUAGAAGGUUAGAUAAGUUAAUUUCAAAAUUGUAUUUAAAAUUCUUAGAAUUGCUUGAUUCUCAUAAUCUAUACAAACAAAGUAUUAGGAGAUCUCCAUACAAAACCUAUUUUUAUCAUUACCAAUUAUGAGUACCUAGGUACUCGUACAACUGUAUUUUAUUUAAUAUUUAUAUUUACUGUUUAUCUAUCAGAGCGCAAGAAACCAAUUUUAUUAUGGUUAAAAACAGCAAUCACCUUUGGGUAUAUAACUUUACGCAAAACACUGUAUACCAGCUAUCCUAGCAUUAUUUCUAAAGUAAAAAAAAACCUUCAUUAUUAUCAUAAUUUAUAAAAGUGCAUGGACUCAUUAAAAUAGACAUAUUUUUUUAAUUAUAUUACUUCGAUUACUUCGUUGGGACAUGAACAUGAUAUACAAAUGUAUUGCAUAAAGGGUUUCCUUCGUAUUAUUCCGGAAACGUUCGUAUUUCUGAUGCUAGUUCAAACAGUGACAAAUACGUCUUGUAAUGUCACUGACUGAAAUAGCAUGACACUUCCGUACGUUUCCGUAAGAAAACGAAGGAAAAUCAUUUCGCACUACAUCUGUACGAACUUACGGCGGUGCCAAUUCUUUGGCGUCAAAAUCGAUAUGAUUGACGCCAAGCGUGCUCAGUCGUCGUUGCGCGACGCCACAGUAGGAAACGUUACAAAAUAUAUAUAACUCUUAAUCUCACCCAGUAAAAAAAACAGUUGUCUUUUUUUCUGAACCUUUUGUAAAAGGGUUUGUAACCGCGAUUGCCUUUACAUGGUUUUGUAUUAGGUAUAUUAAAUGAUUGUCGUUGGUUCUGGCAUUCCUGUAAUUACGAGCAACUGUUUCAUACGGCAUAGUCCCUCUAGUAAAAUAACAUUGAAUGAGGCGAAGGGUUACAGCAAUAAACCUACCUGUAUAUAAUAUUCUGCCACUGAUUCAUUAAGUACAUAUCUUCCAGUCCAAAUUGUUACGCAUUGUGUGUUUGAUGUAACUAUCUUAGUUAAAUUAAUAAAUCAUGAAUGAAAAAAUAAAUGAGACUGCAAUCCA